AUGGCUCGAUUAAAAAUGUCUUUUCCAAGUAUUGAGAUUUGGAAACGGCGUUUAUUCUCGACUAUCUUAAUUAUAAAUCAAAUAAACAUUUUCCGGAAGAGUUGUUUGUUUGUGGUUAAUAAGUUGACGUAUAUUUUUGUGGUUAGUGUGGAAUUAAGCAAAUCAAUGGUAGAGAAUAUGAAGAAAGCUUUGCUUCUAUUAAAUGAAAAUAAAAAUCAAGGUGGUUUGGAAAAAUGGAUUAAGAAAUGCACAGUGAAUAUUCGACAAUUGAAUAAACAUUUAAAAAAAUGUGAUUGUGUUGGUACAAAACGACAUUUGCAAACAAGUAUUGGUGAAAUGAUUGGUUUUCGGGUAAUGAUGAAGGCAAUGCUACAUCAAGGUGGUAAUAUAAAACAUAAUAUAAAACGUAAUAUAAAACGUAAUAUAAAACGUAUUCAAUGGAAGAAUAUGGAGUCCGCGUUUGACAGUCGAAUUAAGACUGGUAUAAUUAUUAAUUUGGCACACAAAGACCCAAAAUUAUUUUUGGGCGAUGCACUGUGUAUGUUUAUACGACAAAUCCGGAAUGUUUUAAAGGAUUUCAAUCAAAUCAAAGUAAAUUCAACAUUUUGCGGUGAAUUUGUAAAGCUACAGAAUGAUGAUGAAGUUUACGAAUUCAAAUAUUUUAAUAGUAAGAAUCAAAUUAUUGAUCGAAUUUCAAAUUUAACGGAAUGGUAUCAGGAAAACAUACAAAAACCAAUUUUAGUACAGCUAGAAGAAUUUCAAGAACGUGACAGUGGUUGGGCCUUAAAUGCAGUUGUAAACUUAAUGAUUAAUAUUAACAAAUAUGAAUCGUUCAGAGGUUCAUCAUAUAUUGAUUUACCUCAACAAAUAAAAUCCAAAAACGCUUGCAUAAACGUUAAAAAUAAUGAUGAUGCUUGCUUUGCAUGGGCGGUUACAUCAGCUUUACACCAAGCUUCAGAGCAUUCUGAUAGAAUGUCUUCUUAUCCACAUUAUUUGCGGGUGUUAAAUUUAAAUGGUAUAAACUUUCCGAUGGAACUAAAACAAAUACCAAAAUUUGAAAAACUGAACGAUAUAAGCAUAAAUGUGUUUGUUUUAAAAUUAAAAAAAUCUAUGUACAGUGUUGUGCCACCUUUGUUAACAAAUAAUAAAAGAAAUAGACAUGUAAAUUUACUUAUGGUUCAAGAUGUGUAUUUUGAUGAAGAAGAUGAUGAUGAUGAAGAAAAUAAUAAUGAUGAGAAUAUUGAUAUCAAAUACCAUUAUUGUUGGAUUAAAAAUUUUUCACGACUUGUAUCAAAUCAACUGAAUAAAGAUGGCCAUAAAAAUAAUAAGGAACGAGUACCGUUUAUUAUCUAUGCCGAUUUUGAAUGUUUAUUGAAACCACUUGCUCCAGAAAAUAAUAAAAAUUCACAACGUUAUCAACAACAUGAAGCAUAUAGUGUAGGUUAUUAUUUUUGUUGUUCAUAUGAUGAUACUCUUAGUUAUUAUAAUUCGUAUAGAGGAGUCAAUCCCGAACUAUGGUUUGUAGAUGAAUUGAAGGAAAUAGCUGAAAAAGUUGAAGAUAUAUAUGCAAAUCCUGUACCUAUGAAUGAGCUUAGUGACAUUGAAAAACAACAAUUUCGGCAAGCUUCUGUGUGCCAUAUUUGUGAAAAAGCUUUGGGUAAUGAUCGUGUACGAGACCAUGAUCACUUAACGGGAAAGUUUCGUUCUGCCGCACAUAGCGAGUGUAAUUUAAAUUACCAAAAUUCACGGACAGUUCCUGUUGUGUUCCAUAAUUUGAGUGGGUACGAUGCACAUUUUGUAAUUAUGGAAUUGGCUACAGCGUUUGAAGGCAGAGUAGAUUUAUUACCUAUAAAUAAAGAAAAAUAUAUAUCAUUCACCAAAAACAUUGUUGGUAGUGAUGUAAAAUUUAAAUUUGUUGAUUCAUUCCGAUUUAUGGCAUCAUCAUUGGAAAAGUUAGCAUCAUAUUUACCAGAAUGUAAGAUAUUAUACAAAAAUUGUUUUGAUGGGGAUGUUCAAAAGUACAAUUUGUUAACUAGAAAGGGUGUGUUUCCGUAUGACUAUGUUGACGGUUGGAAUAAAUUAGAAGAUCGGCAUUUACCACCUAUCACAACAUUUUACAGCCAGUUGAACGAUUCAAACAUUUCACAAAACGAUUAUGAGCAUGCGAAAAAUAAUUGGAAAAAAUUCAAAAUUCAAACUUUAGGUGAAUAUUCGGACCUGUAUUUGAAAACAGAUGUAUUACUUCUAGCAGACAUUUUUGAAAAUUUUCGUGAUACUUCUGUUAAGACAUACAAUUUAGAUCCUGCGCACUAUUGUACCACACUGGGAUUUACAUGGGAUGCAAUGUUAAAAUACACAAAAAUUCAACUGGAAUUGUUAACUGAUAUUGAUAUGUUGAUGUUUGUGGAGCGGGGAAUCAGGGGAGGAAUAAGCCAGUGCUGCAAUCGCUAUGCGAAAGCAAACAAUAAAUAUAUGUCUGAUUAUAAUGAACUUGAAGAAUCCAUAUUCAUAAUGUAUUAUGACGUUAACAAUUUGUAUGGUUGGGCCAUGUCGCAAUAUUUGCCGACUGGGAGAUUUAAAUGGUACACUGACACAUCACUGAACGUGCAACGGAUACCUGAUGAAUGCUCAGUAGGUUUUAUACUGGAAGUGGACUUAGCGUACCCUCAGCAUCUUCAUGAUCAACAUAAUGAUCUUCCAUUAUGCUCGACACAUGAAAAGCCACCAGGUUCAAAACAAAAAAAGUUACUUACAACACUUCAUGACAAAGAAAAAUACAUAAUUCACUACAGGAAUUUGAAACAUUGUCUCAAGCUUGGAAUGAAAUUGAAGAAAGUGCAUCGUAUUUUGAAAUUUAAUCAAUCUCCUUGGCUAAAACACUACAUUGACUUAAAUACUCAAAUGCGUGCCAAAGCAACAAACGAGUUUGAGAAAAACUUAUAUAAGCUAAUGAACAAUGCAGUGUUUGGCAAAACGAUGGAAAAUGUGAGAAAACAUACCAUUGUAAAAUUAAAAACCAAGUGGUCGGGUAGGUUUGGAGCAAAAGUUCUCAUUGCCAAACCAAAUUUUCAUAGUAGGACAAUUUUUAAAGACAACUUGGUAGCGAUUGAAUUAAAUAAAAGUGAGGUGUUUUUUAAUAAACCAAUAUAUGUAGGCAUGUGUAUUUUAGACAUUUCAAAGACAUGUGUAUAUGACUUUCAUUACAAUUAUAUGCAAGGGGUGUUUGGUGAUAAGUGUAAGGUUUUGUAUACCGACACGGACUCGUUAAUUUACGAGAUAAAAACACCAGAUAUAUUCAAAAUUAUGAAACGUGAUGUACAAAGAUUUGACACUAGUGACUAUGAACUAAAUAAUAUUUAUAACAUACCUUUAGUUAACAAGAAAGUACCAGGUUUAAUGAAAGAUGAGCUAAAUGGACAAAUAAUUACCGAAUUUAUUGGUUUAAGAUCUAAAAUGUAUAGUGUAAGAGUGAAUGGUGAAGAUAAAAUAAAAAAGGCCAAAGGAGUAAAAAACUCGGUUAUUAAAAAUACAAUUACUUUUGAUGAUUAUGUUAAGUGUUUAACAAACUGUACAGAAAUUAUUAAAAGACAACAAUGCAUUAUAUCUAAUCAACAUAAUGUAUAUACAGUAAAUCAAUCAAAGAUUGCUUUGAGUCCACACGAUGAUAAACGAAGUUUGAUUGAUAACUCUUCGGAUACAUUCGCGUGGGGUCAUUAUAAAUUACAGUCAGAUGAAGAAAUCGAUGAAUUAUUAGAUGAAGUUAUUAACUUGUUGGGUCAACAUCCAAGCAUUAACAAUAUAAUACAGGGACUGUUAACUACGCAAUGA